UAUUAACCGUUAACAUGAUUUUGAUUGAUGCAUCUUCGAUCUACCGACGUCAAAAUCCUGUAUCUGAAACCGAUAUUAGAGAAUUUAAAUUAUGGGUAAAAUAUGCUAGUGCCGCAUACUGCGACGUAAAAGAUUGGAAAUGUGGUAAAGCAUGUGAAGGUGAUACAGCCGGAACUCGAUUAAUAAAAUUUUUUCAACAAUCGGUUCCAAGAGAUAAUAAUGGCUUUGUAGCAAUUAAUGAUAAAGAAAGAGCAAUUAUAAUUGCUUACAGAGGAACGUCCGAUAUACAAUCCAUUAUACAAGAUUUUCAACUUAAUCUAACUCCGUAUUCGCCAUCUGUACCAGAUGCAAAAGUACAUUUUGGUUUUUAUGCUACAUAUAAUGAUACAAGAGAAGAAAUUACUUCUUUAGUUAAACGAUUAGUCAAAGAUAAUCCUUCUUAUAAAGUUAUUUCUACAGGACAUUCUUUAGGAGGAGCUUUAGCAGUAUUUCAAACUUUAGAUUUAAUUGGUACACCAGGAUUAAACCCUUCUAAUCUUUUAACCUACACUUUUGGUGAACCACGUUCUGGAAAUAAUGCUUUUGCUAAAUUUAUCAUAAAUUCUGGUUAUAAAUUUUUUAGAGUU